CAAAAGUACACUGAACAAUUGAAAGUGCUAACACAAAAAUGUUCAGCCUCAAUAUUAUACUACUACUGGUCAGCUGCCUUGCCUACUGUCAGGGCCACAUGUUUGGACACAUCCCUGGCGGUCUCAAGCACGUAACUGGAUCUGCCAACUACUUGUGGGGUGUCAACAAUCAGGACCAAAUCUAUCGAUGCAACAGACCUUGCUCCGGUAAUUGGAUUCAAGUACCAGGAGGGCUGAUGCAAGUCGAUGCCAAUGACGAUGAGGUCUGGGGUGUUGCCUCAGACUAUACAAUUUGGAAACGACCCGUUGAUGGAAGCGGCAGCUGGCAAAAGGUUCCAGGUGGUCUCAAGCAUGUGUCAGCUUCUGGUAAUGGCUACAUUUGGGGGGUCAGUCACGACGACAAUAUCUACAAGUGCAAAAAGCCAUGUAAUGGAGCUUGGCAGCAGGUGUGAGGAGGAUUGAAGCAAAUUGAUGGAGGAGAAAAGUAUGUCUACGGUGUUAGCAGUAUAAACAAAAUAUUUUCAAGACCAGUCGAUGGAAGUGGAAGCUGGAGACUUAUUCCAGGAGAGCUCAUUCACAUUACUGCUUCCGGCGCAAACGAAGUCUUUGGAGUAAACUCCGCCCAUACAAUUUAUCGCUGCCCCAAGCCGUGUAUUGGAGAGUGGGAGGAGAUCGAGGGCAGUCUAAAGCAGGUUGAUGCGACAAACAACGGUCUCUUCGGAGUUAACCGCCAUGACAACAUCUUCAAAUAUCGCCUGAAGUAAGAAGCUACAAGCUACAAACUUGGUCUACAUGUACAUGUAGGUUACAAGGCAAUGUGAACUUUAGAAAACUAGUUACAAAUGUACUGCAUAAGUAAGAACUGGAUGGAUAUAUAGAUACGUAUUGCAUGUAUUUGAUCAGUA